UAGAUGUGGAUUAAGGAUUAAGGAUUAUAUUUUCCUACAAAAACAAGGGUGGAAUGAGGGCCGAUUGGGGCGAGGAGGCGUGGUUGGCACCCCUGCCGCUCUUCGCCUCCCGCGUCCUGUCUUCUCCGCGCCGCCACCACAACAUGGAGGAUUCACCGGAAUUUGGAACAGAGAAACUCCGUCGAGCAUGGAGCACAACGGAGGCCAACCCGUACGACAUGGAGGCGUGGAGUCUCAUCAUCCGUGAUGCUCAGAACCGCUCCAUUGAAUCUGCACGUGGCAUCUUUGAACGUCUCGUCACCACCUUCCCAACGGCUGGCAAGUUCUGGAAGAUGUACAUUGAACAAGAGAUGAGGUCUUAUAAUUUUGAGAAAGUUGAAAAGUUGUUCCAGCGAUGUCUGACCAAGGUGCUCAACAUCGACCUGUGGCGCCUGUACGUCACCUACGUCAAGGAGACCAAGUCCAGUCUGCCCACUUACAGGGAGAAGUUGUCUCAGGCAUAUGAGUUCGCCAUUGACAAGAUAGGUAUGGACUACAACUCCUACACGCUGUGGAAUGACUACGCCAACCUGCUCAAGAACGCCGAGGUGGUGGGCUCCUACGCCGAGAACCAGAAGAUCAUGGCUGUCAGGAAGGUGUUCCAGCGCGGCAUCGUUACUCCGAUGGCCAACAUUGAGCAGCUGUGGCGGGACUACCUCGAAUUUGAGAAGAACAUCAACCCAAUCAUCGCCGAGAAGAUGAACAUCGAGAGGGGGCGGGACUACAUGAACGCCCGGCGGGUGGGCAAGGAGCUGGAGGCGGAGACGCGGGGCUUGAACCGCCACCUUCCCAGCGUGCCGCCCUCGGGUCUGCCUGAGGAGAUCAAACAGGUUGAGAUAUGGAAGAGGUACAUCAGAUGGGAGAAAGACAACCCUCUACGCACAGAUGACCAGACUCUGGUGACCAAGAGGGUGCGGUUUGCCUAUGAGCAGUGCCUUCUGUGUCUCUCCCACCACCCGGACAUCUGGUACGAGGCAGCACUCUUCCUGCAGGAGUCCUCAAAGCUCCUCUCUGAGAAAGGUGAUGUCAAUGCAAGCAAGAUCUUCAGUGAGGAGGCAGCACAGAUCUAUGAGAGGGCAAUCUCUGGACCCUUAAGGAAGAACCAGCUUCUGUACUUUGCCUAUGCUGACUUUGAGGAGUCCCGCCUGCGCUACCCUGAGGUGCACAAGAUAUACCAAAGAUACAUAGAGAUGGAGGACAUUGAUCCAACACUUGCUUACCUGCAAUACAUGAAAUUUGCGCGCCGAGCUGAGGGAAUCAAGUCCACGAGAGAAGUGUUCAAGAAGGCGCGAGAGGAUGUGAGGACACAAUUCCAUGUGUAUGUUGGUGCUGCCCUCAUGGAGUACUACUGCACCAAGAACAAGGACAUCGCAUUCAGGAUAUUCGAGCUUGGUCUGAAGAAGUUCCCAGACAAUGCAGACUAUAUCAUGGCAUAUGUGGACUACCUCUCCCAUCUCAAUGAGGACAACAACACAAGGGUUCUGUUUGAGCGAGUGCUGACAUCUGGCCAGCUCAAGAAUGAAGACACUGUUGGCUUGUGGAACCGCUUCUUGGAGUUUGAGUGCAACGUUGGGGAUUUGGCAUCCAUUGUGAAGGUGGAGAAGAGGAGAGCACACGUCCUGCAGAAGCUGCAAGAGUUUGAGGGUAAAGACACAGCACAACUUGUUGACCGAUACAAGUUCAUGGAUCUCUACCCAUGUACUCCAGCUGAGCUCAAAGCCAUUGGUUACCGGGACAUCUCAACACAUGCCAUGAUAAUCAAUCCAAACAUUCCCCGUGGCCUGUCCAUUCAUGACUCACAGGAGCCUUCCUACGUGCGACCAGACUUCUCACAGAUGAUUCCUUUCAAGCCCAAGGCGAAGUACAUACCUGGAGAACACCCAGUGAAAGGUGGAGCAUUCCCGCCUCCUCCAGCCGUGGCAAACCUCCUCUCCCUGCUGCCACCACCAAACUGCUUCCGGGGACCCUUUGUCAAGCUGGAGGCUCUGGUUGAUCUCUUUAUGCGGCUCAACCUUCCUGAACAGGGAGGACAAUGGUCAACCAGCGGCAGUCAUGACGUGCGCCUCUUUGAACUCUCCAAGUCGGUGCACUGGGUGGUGGACCCAAGUGGUGACCGUAAAAGGAAACUGAUUGCCGGUGAUGACUCAGAUGACGAAGAUGGAAACAAACCCAUCCUGACCAGCGACAUUUACCGAGCCAGGCAGCAGAGGAAGAUGAGAUGAGCUGCUGCUGCUGCUCCUGGCUAAUCUUUCAUUGAUAAAAAGAAUACCUAAGUUGCCUUGGAUAUGAUAAGGUGACUUCAUUACAUCCAUAUCACUUACCAUACACCUAUGAAACUAUCUGCAGUAUACUUACCUUGGGAUGACAUCUGCUUAGUAUUCCUCAAUACAGUUUCUGAAAGGCAGGGCAUGUACUUGUUUGGUGACUGAAAUACUGGAGAAUCAAAAGUUACAAUAUAUGAAUUCUGGAAAGUAUGGGGAGAGGAAAUGAGAGGGGGUUGAUCUGAAUGAAUGAAAGAAAAUGCCAGAGAGUAGUAGGUGAAACUCGUCACUCGACAACAGAAUGGGAAUGCUAAUUUUGUAUCCAGAUGAGUUGUAUUUUUGUGCCAGGUUGUUGCCCAUUUUCAUCAGUGGACCAGAAGACAGUGGAGGGUUGUAUGCUAGUGAAUCUGAAAUUACCUUUUGAGUAUAAUGAAUGUAAUGAGUGAGUGGGACUUGUAUCAAUAGUGUGGUGGCUGUGAGGUGUGGUAGCUGAGGGCUUAUUGGCAUGCUCCUAUGAAAGGUGAAAGAAGUGAAUGGUCUCAAGGUGGAGUGUUUUUAUAAGGAUAAGUGAAGGCUUUUCCACCAUGGUCACUCCUUGUGGGAUGCUUGUGGAGAGAGCAAGGUGUCAGAGAGAGAGAGAGAGAGAGAGAGAGAGAGAGAGAGAGAGAGAGAGAGAGAGAGAGAAUAGCUUCAAGCUGUAUCUGUUCCUUAAUCAUGUAAAGCACAAUAAAGUAACCAAAUACAGGAAUAUACAGCAACUGUUGAUAUGUAUAAGCAUCCCUGUUUUUAUGGUUGUACAGUAAGAAAUGUACCUUUCCUUCCUCAAGGCUGAUGAUGUGAGAUGUGGAUGUAGCUCCUGAGUAGACCAUGCACCAGCAGAAUGUGUUCAAGUUAGCUUAUGAUCUAUUCCACCACACAGCAUGGAAAUAAAGAUGUUAAUGUUGUGAGUGAAAACAAAAUGUCAAGUGUGCUUUUCUUUGACUGAACUUAAUUAUGGAAUUCAGAAUUAUUUAUCUAUAUCUAUAUUCCAGGCUAAAACAUAGAUAGAUAUGGAAUGAAGAGUAGUUCAUGAAAAGACUAUAUAUUAAAAUUAUUUAAUGUUCCAGUAGUGACACGGAGAAACUUGAUGAGCCUUUUCUUGCUAGGAUGUAUUUUAGAUAUGAAGAACAAAUACAGUGUAGGAAACUUUAUAUUCCUAUUCAUAUUAGUCUCAGUCAGACUCAAAGGGUAUAACUGCUGGAAGCUCAAAUUUUACAUUCUAAUUGUAUAAAAUUACCUGUAAUUUUCUUCCUCUGCAAUCCACUAACAGCUAAACAUUAUAUGAAAGAGAAUUCAUUUGUACAUGUUGAACACCUAAAUUGAUCCAUGGAUUGAUUGCUUUAAAGUAUUGCAUGUCAUUUUUAUUCAGAGAAAUGUUAAGUGAUUGUACGGCAAAGUAUCUAUAAUUGUAUAAUUUUUUACAACAUUAGAAAACAUUUAUUUUUUACUUCUUUUAGGGCACAGUAACCAUGCUGAAGAGUACAAAUGAAAUAUUGUUGUUCAUGUGUAUGUAAAUAUGUGAAAGUGUGUGUGUGUGUGUGUGUGUGUGUGUGUGUGUGUGUGUGUGUGUGUGUGUGUGUGUGUGUGUGUGUGUGUGUGUGUGUGUGUGUGUGUGUUUUGUACAACCAAUAUUGCAUAUUGUUUGGAACUGUAAAAUUGUGUAAUCAAAUUUAUUGUUGUUGAUAGUUUGAUAUGUUUCAAGUGUUGUAAUAUGGAAAUGAUUAUGAGAAAGUGUGUGUGUGUGUGUGUGUGUGUGUGUGUGUGUGUUUGAGAGAGAAAUGUUUCAAGUGUUAUUUUUCAGCAUUAGAAGAGGAAGCCAUGUGUGUAUGUGUGGCGUGUGUGUGUGUGUGUGUAGUGCAUGAAGAUGUGUGCAAUGUUAUUAUAUGCAACAAAUUAAGUUUUCAAAGCUACAUAUAUUAAAGAUUUCACAGCUGUUCAAGAGGUUAUGCAUAUUAUGUAUGUACUAUGUAUGGAUGUAUGUAUGUAUGUAUAUAUGAUACUAAUAUGCAAGGAUGAUAGGAGUGCAAUGGGACAGCUGGCAUUCACUGUGUGGAACAAAUUUAUGUAUGUAUGUAUGUAUGUAUGUUUGUAUGCUUCCUCCAUUAUUUCCUCAAGUAUAUGCAAGGGUGAUGUGCAGACAUCCUGUACCUGACUGCUUGGGGCGCGACUGCAGAAAUCAAUGCGUCUUUUAAUUAAGUGAAAAAAAAAGUCAUAAAUAAACUGGUAGAAAUGUG